AUGAAAUCUUGUUAUAGACAUCUUUCUUCCCAAGCUACGGACACGAGGCCAUGGGCUUCAAUCUGGAAUCUUAGUGUUCCACCUAAAGUUAGAAUGUUCGGUUGGCAGUUGGCAGCUUCAUAUUUACCAACUCGUGAUGCACUGUUAACACGACAUGUUGAUUGGCAGUUGGCAGCUUCAUAUUUACCAACUCGUGAUGCACUGUUAACACGACAUGUUGAUUGUAAUAUUAUAUGCCACAUGUGCAGGGAAGAGAGUGAGAGUGCGCAUCAUUUAUUUGUUGCUUGCCGUGAGGCUCUUGUGGCGCGGAGGAAACUGGGGCUUCUGAUCACCCAUGUCGCUGGAGAUACUGUGGGUGAGUGGCUCUUUAAUUGCAUUGCAGUGUUGUCACAUGACCAAAUGUCCAAGUUAUUGAUGUUGUGUUGGGGUUUGUGGACGGCCAGGAAUGACGUGGUUUGGAAUGCUCAAUCUUGGGACCUGGAGUUGAUGUUGCGGCGUACCAUGGUGUUUUGGGAGAAUUGGGGUGCGGCACAGUGUGUAGAUGGCGGACAGCAGACUGGGGGGACAUUGGGGCGGUGGGAGAGGCCGAGAAGGGGAAGGCUCAAGUUGAAUACGGAUGCUUCAGUUGAUAAGCAGCAUGGUAGAGUGGGGUUCGGAUGGGUGUUAAGAGAUGAUGAUGGUAGAUUUCGGGCUGCCAAGAAUGGAAGGAUGAUGGGGCUUUUUCGAGCUAGAGAGGCCGAGGCCAUGUGUAUGCGAGAGGCACUGAGUUGGCUGAAGGAUACGGGUAUGGGUAAUGUGGAGGCCGAAACAUAUUCACAACUGCUUUGUAAUGCUAUUCAUAGUGAAUCAUUUUUCUCUUCGUUUGGGUUUUUGGUAGGAGAUAUUAAAGAAUUGGCAUCUUCCAUUAAUGAUGUCGAAUUCCGGUUUAUAAAACGAUCUGCGAAUCAGGUAGCCCAUACUCUAGCCAGGGCGGCUGUUUCUAUGCCAGAUUGUGGGUGGUGGUUUGAUGUGCCACCGUUUUUUCUUGUAACUUGUCUGAUGAUAUAA